GGGAAGGGAAGUUUGUAGAUCUAGGCAUGUGGCCUGCUAGGAGCGCCUUUGGCUUUUCUUAGGGAUGGCUCUUGCUCACCAGAGCCUCACAAAGAUAAUCGCUCAGGAAGUGUUUCAGCCAAUCCGGGGCCGCCUUACACUCCGAUUUGCCGGGGCAGCCAAUCGGGGAUGAGCUUUUAUUAGGCGGCCAGAUCAUCAAGCCGAAGUGCCAAACCCUUUUUCUGUGAGAACUAGGAGCCUGUCCUCCAUGUUUUAUAAGUAUUGACAUUACACAGUGUUAACAAUGCAUCCACAGAGCUUGGCUGAAGAGGAAAUAAAAACAGAACAGGAGGUCGUGGAGGGCAUGGAUAUCUCUACUCGCUCCAAAGAUCCUGGCUCCACAGAGAGAACAGCCCAGAAAAGAAAGUUCCCCAGCCCUCCGCAUUCCUCCAAUGGCCACUCGCCACAGGACACAUCAACAAGCCCCAUUAAAAAGAAAAAGAAACCCGGCUUACUGAACAAUAACAAUAAAGAGCAGUCAGAACUAAGACAUGGUCCGUUUUACUAUAUGAAGCAGCCACUCACCACAGACCCUGUUGAUGUUGUACCGCAGGAUGGACGAAAUGAUUUCUACUGCUGGGUUUGUCACCGGGAAGGCCAAGUCCUUUGCUGUGAGCUCUGUCCCCGGGUUUAUCACGCUAAGUGUCUGAGACUGACAUCGGAACCAGAGGGGGACUGGUUUUGUCCUGAAUGUGAGAAGAUUACAGUAGCAGAAUGCAUCGAGACUCAGAGUAAAGCCAUGACAAUGCUCACCAUUGAACAGUUAUCCUACCUGCUCAAGUUUGCCAUUCAGAAAAUGAAACAGCCAGGGACAGAUGCAUUCCAGAAGCCCGUUCCGUUGGAACAGCAUCCCGACUAUGCGGAAUACAUCUUCCAUCCCAUGGACCUUUGUACAUUGGAAAAGAACGCUAAGAAGAAAACGUAUGGCUGCACAGAAGCCUUCCUGGCUGACGCAAAGUGGAUUUUGCACAACUGCAUCAUUUAUAACGGGGGAAAUCACAAAUUGACGCAAAUAGCGAAAGUAGUCAUCAAAAUCUGCGAGCAUGAGAUGAAUGAAAUCGAAGUUUGUCCAGAGUGUUAUCUAGCUGCUUGCCAAAAACGAGAUAACUGGUUUUGUGAGCCUUGUAGCAAUCCACAUCCUUUGGUUUGGGCAAAACUGAAGGGGUUUCCAUUCUGGCCUGCGAAAGCUCUGAGGGAUAAAGAUGGGCAGGUUGACGCCCGGUUCUUUGGACAACACGACAGGGCCUGGGUUCCAAUAAAUAAUUGCUACCUCAUGUCUAAAGAGAUUCCUUUUUCUGUGAAAAAGACCAAAAGCAUCUUCAACAGUGCAAUGCAAGAGAUGGAGGUUUACGUGGAGAACAUCCGCCGGAAGUUUGGGGUCUUUAAUUACUCUCCAUUCAGGACGCCCUACACGCCCAACAGCCAGUACCAAAUGCUGCUCGACCCCUCCAACCCCAGCGCUGGUGCUGCCAAGAUAGACAAGCAGGAGAAGGUCAAGCUCAACUUCGACAUGACGGCGUCGCCCAAGAUCCUGAUGAGCAAGCCGAUGCUGAGUGGGGGCACAGGCCGCAGGAUCUCCUUGUCGGACAUGCCACGCUCCCCCAUGAGCACCAACUCCUCCGUGCACACAGGCUCCGACGCGGAGCAGGACGCCGAGAAGAAGGCCACGUCCAGCCACUUCAGCGCGAGUGAGGAGUCCAUAGACUUCCUGGACAAGAGCACAGCUUCACCAGCCUCCACCAAGACGGGACAAGCGGGGAGUUUAUCCGGCAGCCCGAAACCUUUCUCUCCUCAAGUAUCAACACCAAUCACGACGAAAACGGACAAGACAUCCACCACGGGAAGCAUCCUGAAUCUUAACCUGGAUCGAAGCAAGGCCGAGAUGGAUCUGAAGGAGCUGAGUGAGUCGGUCCAGCAGCAGUCGGCCCCUGUUCCUCUCAUCUCUCCCAAGCGGCAGAUUCGCAGCAGGUUCCAGCUAAAUCUUGAUAAGACGAUAGAGAGUUGCAAAGCACAAUUAGGCAUAAAUGAAAUCUCAGAAGAUGUGUAUACGGCUGUAGAACACAGCGAUUCGGAGGAUUCCGAGAAGUCAGAUAGUAGCGGUAGUGACUCUAUCAGUGAUGAGGAGCAGAGGUCGAAGAAUGAGCCGGAAGAUGCUGAAGACAAAGAAGAUGCUCGGAUGGACAAAGAGCCGUCUGCUGUCAAAAAAAAGCCCAAAUUGGCAAACCCCAUGGAGACAAAAGAGGAGCUGAAAGUCAGCACGUCGCCAGCCAGCGAGAAAGCAGACCCAGGCUUGGUCAAGGAGAAGACUAGCCCUCAGCCCGAGAAGGACUUUUCAGACAAAGCCAAACCCUCGCCUCAUCCCACGAAGGAUAAGCUGAAGGGAAAAGAUGAGACGGAUUCCCCAACAGUGCAUUUGGGCCUGGACUCCGAUUCAGAGAGCGAACUUGUCAUAGAUUUAGGAGAAGACCAUUCUGGGCGGGAGGGUCGAAAAAAUAAGAAGGAACCCAAAGAACCGUCUCCCAAGCAGGAGGUCGUAGGUAAAGCUCCACCAUCCACGACGGCGGGCAGCCAGUCUCCCCCCGAAACGCCGGUCCUCACCCGCUCUUCCGCCCAAACUCCCACGGCUGGUGUCACGGCCACCACCAGCACCACAUCCACGGUCACGGCCCCGGCCGCCGCUGCCACAGGAAGCCCAGUGAAAAAGCAGAGGCCACUUUUACCGAAGGAGACUGCCCCGGCCGUGCAGCGGGUCGUGUGGAACUCCUCAAGUAAGUUUCAAACGUCCUCCCAAAAGUGGCACAUGCAGAAGAUGCAGCGCCAGCAGCAGCAGCAAAACCAGCAGCAAAACCAGCAGCAAAACCAGCAGCCUCAGUCUUCCCAGGGGACGAGAUAUCAGACCAGACAGGCCGUGAAAGCUGUCCAGCAGAAGGAGAUCACGCAGAGCCCUUCCACCUCCACCAUCACCCUGGUGACCAGCACCCAGUCGUCGCCCCUGGUCACCAGCUCGGGGUCCACGAGCACCCUCGCCUCUUCAGUAAGCGCAGACCUGCCCAUCGCCACCGCCUCAGCCGACGUCGCCGCGGACAUCGCCAAGUACACUAGCAAAAUGAUGGAUGCAAUAAAAGGCACAAUGACGGAAAUAUAUAACGACCUUUCUAAAAACACUACUGGAAGCACAAUAGCCGAGAUUCGCAGGCUGAGGAUUGAGAUAGAGAAGCUCCAGUGGCUGCACCAGCAGGAGCUCUCGGAAAUGAAACACAACUUGGAGCUGACCAUGGCUGAGAUGCGGCAGAGCCUGGAGCAGGAGCGGGACCGGCUCAUCGCCGAGGUGAAGAAGCAGCUGGAGCUGGAGAAGCAGCAGGCGGUGGACGAGACCAAGAAGAAGCAGUGGUGCGCCAACUGCAAGAAGGAGGCCAUCUUCUAUUGCUGCUGGAACACCAGCUACUGUGACUACCCCUGCCAGCAGGCCCACUGGCCUGAGCACAUGAAGUCCUGCACCCAGUCAGCUACCGCGCCUCAGCAGGAAGCAGACGCCGAGGUGAACACGGAAACACUAAACAAGUCAUCCCAGGGGGCCUCCUCCAACACGCAGGCAGCCCCCCCGGAAACCAGCACCUCGAAAGAGAAGGAGACGCCAGCCGAGAAAAGCAAGGACGGUGGCUCGACCCUCGACCUUUCUGGCUCCAGGGAGACGCCCUCCUCCAUUCUCUUAGGCUCCAACCAAGGCUCUGUUAGCAACAGGUGUGACAAGCAACCUGCCUCUAUCCCAACCAGCACAGACCACCAGCCGCACCCCAGCUACCCAGCCCAGAAGUUGAUGGGUCGAAUCAACCACCGCCCCAUGUCCGGUCCGUGGGAGGAGUCAGGCUCUGCAGUUACUCAGGUGGCCAGCCUCGCUCUGGGAUGCAGCUUCUGUGCUGAGCUCAGCCCUGCUCCCGUUUCUUCUAAGUGGCCCAGCUGGUCUCCGCCUUCAGCAGAGCUGGGGGAGACUCAGUGUGACUUGACUGCAUUGUUGUAGGAUUUUCUCCGUGUGGUGAUAACCAGCUGUAUCACUGACCUUCCAGAGAACUGAUGGUGUAGGCAUCACGAGUAGGGAAGAACGCUUAAGAAGAGGUGGAUUCAGGAUCCGUAAGACAGCUCCACCCUGGCCCCCCAGCUCUGCCCACCACAGUACUGCCCCCUGUUGGUCACAGAUGCAAGUGACUAAGAAGAGUUCUCUCCUGAAUGAAUAUGUUACCUUGGGAGAUCCUUUGAUCAUUCUCUUCACUACUUAUCUUGCAGAAACAGACCUCAGGACCACAUACAUGCCUGCCGUAUCACCAGAAAGGUCGCCCCCUAGGCGAUGAUACGGUCCCUUGCUCCCUCAUUCCAAUUCUGUCUCUAAGCUUGACAGCCGACUUCUUUCAAUCAAAUAUUAUCACCCCACCUCAAGAAGUUAAAAAAGAAAGUUUUGUCCCAAUCUGUCUGAACUGGGUAAAUGAUCUAAGAUAUGAUGGGGUCUUAGUGAUGUGCUGGUGGGUCUCUUAGCGUCAGCCAUCCCGCUGAGCCUGCAGGCUGGGGCCGUCUCACAGUUGGACAGACACCUGACUUGGCUCUUCCUUCAGUGUCCUCGUAUCUUACUCAGCCACGAUGUAGCUCCUUGUGGCGCAUGUGUCCUUGAAGCUCCCGUAGGUCUUACUCUGGUUCUUGCAUCCUUCAGUGACCCUUAAGCUUGUCCUUACUGGGAGCCAGUGGGUCUUCACCGUUAAGCCCAGCUGGGCUUCACCAUUCUGGUGCUCUCUCCUCUGCUUCGGGUGAUUUGAUUAUAAGUCUGUUUUCCAAGUUGCCUAUAAACUGAUUAAAGGAACUCCAUUAACAGAAGUAAGUAGAUCGAAUGCCAAAUUUCAGUGCCUUCUUUAGUGGCCAAGGUAGGACACAAGGGCAUGGGGUGCUUGGUGUCUGGUCAUGUAGGAGGGGUGCCUGGUCCCAGGUACCACACAAGAAGUGCCUUCCUCGAUAACUUCGUACCUGUCCCCACUCAUCUUUAUUCUCUCUGAGCAUGAUUCCCUCCUGUUUUUUUCCAAUCAGCUCUUGUUAAAUCCUAAAAAAAUAAGUUCUGCCCGUGUACGCCACAGACCCACAAAUUCAGGGCAGUAAAUGGUGGCAGGAUUUUGACCAUCUGUGUUGUGUGGAGUCGGGCGGGGAAGGUGGUACCAGGGAGCAGGUGCAGAUCAC